CGUGACGCUCUAUCCAGCCGACUUGACGCAUGGAACAUGCCAAGCGCCCUCUGGUUAGGGCUGCUCGCAUGCGCUGCAGGCGACGAGUGUAACAGCCUGCAGCUGUUGCAGCAUCGCCUUGACCUGGCCCCGAGUCCCGUCUGGCCGCUGAAGUACCUGCAUGUGCCAAAGUGCGGCACCUCCUUCCUGAAUGCAGUGGUCCACUUGCCCGGGGUCUGCGAUGUGGAUGCCCACUUUGGCCUGGACAAGGAGACGCUGGGCCGGCACUUUGAGAAGCACUUCUGGCGGAAGUGCGGCCAGGUGUGCAAUGCCAGCAAGUUCUCCUGCAAUCCUGCUGCCACCACCCACGAGAGCAUUGGCAGCUCCUAUGAGGCCUACAAAGGCCACUUGGUGACCAUGCUGCGGAAACCGGAGAGCCGCGUGCUGUCGGCCUACUUCGACCCGGUUUGGCGACACGGGGCCGGGACCUACAACUCAGUGUUAGAGUAUGCCCAAGGGGUCCGAGGUCUGGUUACCUGCCAGCUGACCCAGGACAAGGCUGUCGACCCGCUGCCUAAGUGCACAGAUCUGAAGGAGGCAGACGCCCAUGAAGCAGCACGACGCUUACGCGAAGGUUUUGUCUUCGUGGGGCUCGUGGAGGAGUGGGACUUGUCCAUCUGCCUCUUCCACAAGAUGCUGGGAGGAGAUUGCCUCUUCUCCGAGUUCGAAAACACCAGACAGAACCCGAACGAGUACAACACCUCGGAGCUUCAGGGAUUCAACGACACCUUGGAUGGCAUCGUCUACCAAGAGGCGCGGAGCAUCUUUCAACGAAACCUCAAGCUCUACGGCGUGUCAAAUGAGAGCUGCCAGCCCUGCUUCCAGCGCGCACAGCUUACGGCGGACCUUGAGAUCCUGCGAGUUCGCGGCUUCGCACGCCCCCUGCCACUGGACUUGGCGCCCUUUGCCGUGGUGCUGCUGAGCCUUCUGAGCGCAUAAGAUAGGGCUGAGCUGGGACAAAACUUGUUUUGCUUCUUGGCUUGGCUUAAUGGAUUGUUUGG